AUGAGUUCAUAUUUGUUAGUUCUUAUUGUUGCGGAUUUUGAAUACUUAACUCGUAAUAAUACAGGUUUUCGUGGAAAUAUCACAACAAAUGUAUGUGCACAACUAGAUAAAAAAAAUGAUUUAUAUUAUGCACUUGAAAUAGCAACACAAAAUGUUCAUAAUUUUGAGAAACAAUAUCAAAUCAAUUAUCCAUUGACAAAAUUAGAAAAAACCGAUCGUUGGCAAAAUUUAAAUGAACAAAUGAUUACAGAUAAUAUUUUGUUACCAAGAAAUACUAGUCUUAGUGGUAUAAUGAAUGCAUGGAUUGAUCAGAUAAGUUAUCCUUAUGUAAAAGUAAUACGUGACUAUUCAACAAAUAUGAUUUUAAUUAGUCAAUAUCAGUUUUUAUUUGAUGUUAAAGCGCAACCAACCAAUUCUCCUUAUAACUAUCAAUGGUAUGUUCCAUUUUAA